AUACUAGAUAUUUGGUAAUUCUGAUUUGGUCGGCUUGCAGUGAAUCACAGCAAAUUUUCUCUUAAGCCCUUUGUAGAGUUUAGAUGCAAUAAACAGUCACAUCCUCAAUUCUGAUCAUUGAUAGGGUCAGUCCGAUGCUUGUUAGGAUCCUAAACGGUUAAAUAAGUUGUAAAUGGCGGGAGCACCGCACGAACGUUGGGCCAACCCAGUUGAAUAUCUACUGUCAUGCCUUGGUUACGCUGUUGGUAUCGGAAACCUGUGGAGAUUUCCCUAUUUGUGCUACAGGAAUGGAGGGGGAGCCUUCCUCAUCCCCUAUUUCCUCACAAUGUUUAUAUGCGGAAUUCCUCUCGUUUACCUGGAGACAACAUUGGGACAGUUCGCUAGCGCAGGAUGCAUUUCUGUCUUCAAUAUCAAUCCUUUAUUUAAAGGAGCUGGUUACGCCGUAAUCGUUUUGAAUGUUGUCUGUGUAAUAUACUUUGCUGCAAUAAUGGCCUACCCUGUACUUUACAUAUACCACUCAUUCAGCUCGCCUUUACCCUGGAAAACAUGCGACAAUCCUUGGAAUACCGAAAAGUGUACGGAGAUAACAGGAAACUCAAGCUUUUUCCAAUCAAAUGGUUCAAUCACUACUCCUGAAGACGAAUUCUUUCAUAUUCGAUUACUGCGCGUAUCAGCUGGCAUACAUGAAAUUGGUGGAAUAGUCUGGCCUGUAUUUUGGUGCAAUGUGAUAUGCUGGAUUAUAGUUUACCUAUGUAUUUGUAAUGGUGUCAAGAGUGUCGGAAAGAUCGUAUAUUUCACCGUUUUAUUUCCGUAUGUGGUGCUCUGCGUACUUUUGGUUCGAGGCGUGACUCUCCCUGGCGCUUGGCAAGGAAUCAAGUACUAUAUUCUACCAGAUUGGGGGCAACUGAUGAAACCGAAGGUUUGGUUAGAUGCUGCAACACAGAUUUUCUUCUCUCUUGGCCCUGGUUGGGGAGGUUUGGUCAGCAUGGCCAGUUUCAACAAAUUUCACUACAACAACUUAAGAUCGUCAAUAAUAAUCCCAUUCGUCAACUGCGGGACGAGCAUCUGGGCAGGGUUUGUGGUAUUCUCAGUACUGGGGUUCGCAGCCGACCGUGCCGGCGUGCCGGUGGGAGAGGUGGCCACUGCCGGCCCUGGCUUGGCCUUCGUCACGUACCCUGCCGCCGUCACCAUGAUGCCUGCACCCAAUCUAUGGGCUGUCACCUUCUUCGUCAUGCUGUUCUUCCUUGGCAUCGAUACUAUGUUUGUUACAAUAGAAGCAGUGAUAGCGGGCGUGCUAGAUGAAUUUCCAGUGCUGCGUGUACGCAAACGUCUUGUUACCCUAGCUACAUGCCUAGCUCUUUUUGGGCUCUCUAUAAUUUGCAACACUGAGGGUGGGCUCCACGUGAUAGGGCUACUGGACUCCCACGUGGCUAUAGCAGCGGUGCCGUGCGUCUGUCUGUUGGAGAUCAUCGCAGCAGUAUACACGUACGGGCCGCGCAAACUGAGUGCCGACGUACUCUUCAUGACGGGGCAGCCGCUGAACAGGGCCUGGCUGUGCCUCUGGAGAUAUGUUCUGCCCGUCAUACUGUCGGUCAUAGCACUAUGCACAUUAAGCCAAGCCUCGGGUGUAGCUGGGUGGUGCAUUGCCCUCAUAUCUGUAGUUUGUAUACCAAUACACGCUGGGAAGAUGAUCUACCAAGCCAGAGGACCACUACUUGAUCGCAUCAAGGAGUGCAGUCAAGCAAAUAGCGAGUGGUGUCCAUCAGAACCGGAGAUCCGCCAACAGUGGCUGGCGACCACGCACACCAAAGACGUGCCACUGCACUACACCAGGUCAUGA